AUGAGCCAAUGCACUAUCGAGAGAACCAUAUGGCAGCUUCUUAGAACAGGUGCUUGGUUUCAGCUUGCAUUGAACGAGUUUUCAGACCAAGAAUGGUACGAAAACUUUCGCUUGUCCAGGGCGACAUUUCGAUUUCUUGUUGA